AAGCUGAGUUUGGUGGUGGGGUUGAAUUGGAUGGCGGCGCUCCUAGCGCGCAAGCCGCGCUGGUGGACGCGGAUGCAGUUACGGGAGCGCAACGCGACCCAACGCAACUCGCAAACGCAUAUCCAGCCGGUGGUGUAUACGUACCGCCUGUGCUAAGAGAGUAACCCCUUGGCUUCCUCGCCCUCUCUUUUUUUUUUUUUUUCAUCCUCGGUUUUGUUUUUAAAAUCAUCGAAAACCGAGGGAACACUCCAAACACUCCGAGAGACUAAUUGCCGGUAUAUUUGUUCUGUAUAUAUCGGUACGGAGUGAAUCGAUUGAUCAUUCCAUCGACGAUGUUGAUCGACGAGGCGAACAAAAGUUGAUAGAAUAUAUAUAUAUUUUUUUUUCUUGUUGAUUAUUUAUUAUUACGUUUUAGUUUUCAUCGAAAAUUUUUGCGACGGAAGUUCCAGAUUACGGUGACACGAACUACGGAGGUACUGGGGUAGUUGUGAGUGGUGAUCGAUGAUUUAGGGGAAUCGCGAGAGAGUGCGAGGGCCCGUGGUAACUCGACGAUUUUGUGGUGCGAGUGCUGAAUUGUGGAGUUUGUCAGUUUUUUGGAGGGAUUUUUAUUUAUUUUUUUUUUUUUGGAGGAGGGGUUUGGUCGGGGUCACUGCGGGGUGGUGAAAGGGACGAGGGGGGAUAUUGGUGCACAAUUUGAUGUCAGUGGUGUGAGACACCGGGCCAGGUGAUGAUCGCCGCGCUCGCCGACGACUAACGACGUUCAACAGAUUCGGUCUUUAUCGCUUCGAGUUCUGCGCUCGCGCCUCUCCCUUCUACCGACGGCAGUGAUUUAUGGUUUAUCAAAUUGUCCUGUGAACAAAUUUGUAAUUCAAUCAUCAGGUUUCAGUUUUUGUACGUUUAUUGGCAGUGAUUUUUAACGAUUUUUGGAGACAAGAGGAUUGUGAUUGAUAUAUCGGGUGAAAAUUGUUCGGUGGAGUGACAGGUGACUAUUAACCACGUGAAAUGAAGAUUAACUUCGUGGAAGAUUUUUUAUGAGAGGCAAUUGCACUUGACAACCAUCCCCCCCCGGAAGACCGGUCGAGGGUGCGAAGGAUCCAGUGGAUGAUUUUCCGGUGCGACUGAACAAAAUCAAUACUCGAUUAAUAAUUCAGCGGUCGUGUCAUUGAGAUCAAAAGUACUGGUGUGCAUUCACGUGUGAUAAACAACGGCGGACGAGGAGGAAGACGAAGAGGAUAGACUGUUGUUACUCGUUGUGGCCAGUGGUGCUAGCGGAAACGGCGUCAGCAGUGGCGAAAGAGUCAACCGGGGCGCGGGAGAUAAGGAGGCGACGAAGUAGAAGAAGGAGGGGACGGUGGAGAAGGGGGAGAAGGACGACAGCGUUGGCGAGUUGGGUUGAAUUAACACAGAGAAUAGCCAGAUAUACGUAGUGAAGAGUAAACGCGUGGAGGAGUUCAAACAAAUGAUAUAAAUAUUAUGACAUAUAUUUUAAGAAAUGAAAAAAUAAUGAUGAAGAGAUCUCAUGGGUCAUCAGCAUUCCCCCGUUGAAUUGUCAUUCAAUGAAUAAUAUUAUGACUAAACAUCAUUACUGAAGCCGUCGCCUUUCUCCUCCCGCGCCGCCCAUCAACGAGACGCAAAAAAAAAAAAUUUUAACAAAUCAUCUAAUAGAGUUAAUUGUUAUAAUCAAAAUUGUAAAGUUGUUCAACGUGUUUUGUUGAUACUGAUAAUCACGGAUACAACGGCCAAUAAUCACGCCCCCAGACAACUCGUACGUCCGUGGAAGAGCUUGGGUGUACAUCAGUAUUUUAUACUUAGUGACUCGCUCAGUGUCGCUGGUUGAGUUUUGUGUAAAAAAAAAAAAGUGCUUUUAGAUAAUAUCCACCAAGGUGGACAAUCUGGGAUACAGUUAUUAUCGAGACAUCCCGGGUAGGCGGACAACCACACAUCCUAAGAUGUGAUUUUUCCAAAAAUGGCGGAUUGCCCCUAUGCCCGCUGCAUACAGGAACGCAGACACAUCAGGAGGGAAUUGCUGCGAUGGACAAAGAAUAUGGUCUUCGUAGUUGUUGGGGUGGUGUUGCAGGUCUGGAACGUGUAGCGGAAGAGUUGAUGGGCCGUAGGAGAUGGAAGCAAUACCAGGACACCCUGUACAGCAGCACUCGGAGCGAAUCAGCAAGCCAGCCUCAUCACCGGCUAUAUCCGGCCCUAUCGACAGCCUGCAGCAACAUUGCUGCUGGGAAUGCAAGCCAGAUUGGCUCGCAGCACCAUCGUCAACCAUCAACAUCACCACUGUCAGCGACAGUAAUAACAACAACUGGUCAGGAACAGGGGCCAAUAAAGCAGGAGUUGACGAAUCACAGGGGCAACGAGGAGUGUCAGAUAAGACCCGAGGAUAUAAAAUUAGAAAUAGAGGCUGCACAGGAGGUGAACAGCAGUGGACUAUCCGAGUCACUGCAGCACGGGGAGGUCCAUACAUUGACGAGGAUACAGGAGCGUACGAGACUAAGAGUGGCAAACGAAAACGGCGAAGACGAAGACGAAAGUGGGAAGAUAAACGUGAACGAGAGGGAUACGGAGUGCGCGGAGAAGAGGCUGAAAUUGGACGAUUCACUGACGUCCUCGGUCAGCCCACUGAGGGAAAACCAGAGCUCACCCUCGAGAGAUUCGCGGGCGAACGAGGGAGACGAGCAGGAAGGGACCAAGGAACCGAGUGCGGAAAACGCGUUGGACCGGAUACAGGUGACACCGGGUCUAUUGAGGGUAAAGAAGGAGGAGGAGUUGCAGGAGUUACCGCAACAGGUGAACUGUGGAGGCGGCGAUACUACGAGAGUAGAUACCGAGGUCAACAGGCCAAUAACCAAGGAACAAUCGGAGUCUAUCAACGAUUGUACGUUAACGUAUCCUGUCAACCGGCGAGUAAGUCCACCGCCGGAGGACUGGAAGCCAUUAGACAAGUGUUAUCUCUGUCUCGAUGGAAAACUGCCCCACGACGAUCAAGCGCCACUUAGCCCACAAAGUGAGAGUAGUAGUAGUUCACGAUCUGCAGAGUCUCCAAUGUCGGUGCAAGUCGAUCCAAUGGCGGCAUCUGCCGUGGUUGCUGCCGCCCUUAGCGGUGCAUAUCCCACGUUACUGCCACAAUGGGGGUUACCACCGAGGGAUGCAUCCCUUGUUGGUAUACAGACACACCAUGAUACUGGCCAAUCGGCUGAUCAGCCCCUUGAUCUCUCGGCGAAACCGAAAAACUCUCAGGACAACAACAUAUCCAUAUUGGAUCAACAAAAAAUACCUCUGAGAAUGCCGGCGAAUAUUGAUCCCAAGACUAUCUUCACAACCUCGUACCGGCAGAAGCCAAGAUUACCCGGACAAACUGGAGUUGGUGGUGUGCCAGUUGUCGGUGGUGGCAGAAGAACUUACACCGAGGAAGAACUACAAGCUGCCCUCAGGGACAUACAGAGUGGUAAACUCGGUACACGAAGAGCAGCUGUCAUCUACGGAAUACCAAGAAGCACCCUUCGUAACAAGGUCUACAAGCUUGCAAUGGAACGCGAGAGGGACGCCUCCCUCACUAGCACCCAUUCACAUCCUCACGAGUCUGGCGUACCAGUAUCAACCAUCAUCAUCACCUCCACAAAACCAACAUCAAAAACAACAGCAUCAACACCAAAUACGACCCAAAAUGCCUCUGCAACAAGUCCGCCCCCGCAAGUGGAUGAGUUUGAUACUUGGCCACUUGGCGAACGCGAGGUUGCAAAAUGUGAGGCGGAUGACAAAGAGCUGUCUGGCGCUGAGGAGGAGAAGGAAGUGGAAAAAGCACUGCUGAAACCACUGCUAUCGCUCGAAGACUUGGUGAGAUUUUCAGCCCUCGAGGGUAGCGGUAGGGAUUCUCUCAGGACACUUCUUCAACGGGGCCAUGAAACAGGUACAGAGUGGCCUGGUUUCGAGCAUGCCAAUAUUGGACCCUAUAUCCAUAAAAUGUUGGCAGCCGCGGGGCCCUUCAAAGGUCUGGAGAAUCAGGAGUACAAGAUACCAGAGGUGAUGAGGCGAUUGAUGAGCGAGGACAAAAGACUAAACAAAGAUGUGAAUGGGGAUCAGCCGCCCACUCACGUGCAAUCACCACAAUCGCAGUCGUUACAAAGUGGACAACAGCAGAGGUUACCAAUGACAAAUGAUGAUUUUAAUCCAGCAAUAGAGGAGGAGGCGAGCGAUAGCGCUCAGGGUAGAGCUAUACUGAAGAUUCCGUCCUAUAAACCAGCGAGUACACCGGGCUCAAGUAAGAACAAUGGUGAACCAAAUUCAGCGGCAUUUGCUCAGGGUUUUGCAGCAUCAUCGAGUGCAGCUGGUAGCCCUGGCCUUUUGGAGCGUGCAAGUCCAGCAUUUUCGGGUACAAGUAGUCCGACGAAUUCACUCGUUGGCAAAGGUGUCAGUGUCAACUUUCGCGAUGUCAUUGCUAAGAGUAUAAGCUCAAAAUUUCAAGAGGGCCAGUCAGGACAGACAAAUGUAUCGCAAACACCAGCACCAUUGCUCAGUGAUUCGAAUCCCUUCAAACGGGGUAGAUAUACACCACCCCAGACAGCCCAUCAGCAGCAAUCUCAGCAGCAAAAAUCACAGAGCCAGGAGAACAAAUCAAAACCGGGCGCUGGUGGCAAAGGUACAAGACCAAAACGUGGAAAAUACAGGAAUUAUGAUCGGGACAGUCUCGUGGAGGCGGUGAGAGCUGUCCAGAGAGGGGAAAUGAGUGUUCACAGGGCCGGUAGUUACUACGGUGUACCACAUUCCACCCUCGAGUACAAGGUCAAAGAGAGGCAUCUCAUGAGGCCAAGAAAGAGGGAUCAGAAACAGUCGGAGGACAAGUCAAAAGACUCACCAACAGCGCCGUCAUCACUGCGUCCAGCACAUCAGGACAAAAAACCACCGUUGAAGCCUCAAAAAUCGUUCACCCAGGGUCCCGGUGGUCUACCAGGUGGUCCAAAUGGCUUGAAGAUGCCGUUCUUAGAUGGAAUGCCACAUCUACCAUUUCCACAUCCAUUCAAUUUUGGUUGGGGUCCAACGCCAUUCAUGUCUUCACCAUUUAUACCAGGUGCACCAAAUGUACCAACGAUACUGCCCGAACAGUAUUUUGCUACCCAGAGAAUGCGUGGACUGCAGGAACAACAACGCAGUGCUAUUGUACAACAGCAACAGCAGAGUAGUAGAGAGGGUAGUGGUACAGAGCCAGGUACGUCAAAUUCACGUUCAAUGGUUAAAACAACGAGGGAAAUGGCUGAAAGCCUUUACGAAGGUACAGGUGCAAAUGGUAGCUUUCUCGAUAAUCUAAUAAGAUCAAGUUUGGAGACUGGUAUGCCCAGGGAUCAACGGGGUAUAACUGAAGGACGGGGUCAGGGACAACAUCAUCCCGAAGCAAUGAGUAGUAAAGCAUUAAUUGAUCAACUCUGCAGGAACUCAAGACGUACACCAUUACCAAGAAUGACAGAUAGUAGUGAAGAUGAGAGUUAUCGUCCAUCAAGGUCAUUACCAGAGAGGCCAGAGAGAGUACCAACUGUUGAUCUGAGCCCAUCACCAACAGAAAGAGUUAGAAAUGAUGAUCAGGGAAGUGAUCGUUUAACAUCACCACCAACACCAUUGUCAAUCAGCCGUACUGGUAGUCGUGAUGAUGAUACUAGGGAUUCACGUAUUGAUCGAGGUAGUAGAGAACGUGAAGUUCACAAUGGUGGUGAUGAUACAAGAAAAACAAUACUACAGCAACAACAGCUGAAUCAUUACCCGGAUAUACACAAUCUUUAUGCCGUAUCAAAUGAGAAAAAAAGUGCCUGUGAUAGUAAGCUUAUAGUAGAUCAUUCGAGCCAGAAGACUCAGCAACAACAACAGCCGAAGGAGUUUGGUGCUGUGAGCGGACUUGUUGUGCAACUACAGAGGGGCUACAAUUCUGGUAGUAAUUCGAGAACAACGGAACAAGAACAACAGAAUAAUUCACAGCCAGUAGCACAAUCAGUUCAGGAGCCACGGGGACCUGCCCUCACCAUGGAAGACUCCGUAGAGCAGUAGACAAAGUCAGUAUCUUAUUGUUAAAUGAAGGAAAAUUGAGCAAUUGGAUGCAGCACCAAAUUUAACCCAUUCCUCGCCAAAAAAAAAAAAUGAAACGAAAGAUGAACAAUAAUGAUAAAAUUCGCCUCCCAAUGACCCUCACCCCCGCCCCCGUACCCCCCUCCGGCCCUUCCUUUCUAGCGUCGCGCCCGUUCCGCACCACGUGUAGAGAACAAUCAGACGAAUACUCGUCUGAGUUUGGAGAGAAUGAAAAAAAAUAUCACCUCAGCAGAUAACCCUCACCUCAUCCGUACCCCCCUGAAAAUCCAACCGCUCUUGUCACGACGUCAGUCCCAAGGGCGAUGUAACAAAUGAACCAAAAAAGAUUAACAAUUCACAGAAAAAAAAAAUGUGACGUUAAAAAGUUAAGACGCGCAGUGUUCACUGUGCGCUGCAAUAAUCCACCACGAACCUGAUGCGAUUCCGACAGUAACAAAGGCCAUCUUCGAGUGCAAUUAUUCGUUGUCUCGAUUGUCCAGUGUCGAUGGGCAAAAUAACGACGAAAUGGUUCACACAUACCGAGGAUGGCUGAACUUUCGAAAUAAAUAAAUAAAAAAAAACCGGAAAAUUAGGAGAAAUGCGUUAGAAAAGACCGUAAAAACGUUUGAGCAAAAAUUCACGAAAAUAGGUAAACCUAAUACACAAAUUUACACAUUUGAAUAAACAUUGACAUGUGGGAAUAUAUCUCGAGAUAAUGAGGUGAACAUAGAGACAACCUACACACGCAGACAGAUAGACAAAUUAAAAUGACACUUCAACACGAAAUAACAAGAUUUUUUAAAUAAACAAUGAUACAUGUGAAAAGGACACAAACGCGCGCACCAAACAAUUGAAAAAAAUUUAAUAAAUAAAUAAAAAAAAACACCCACUACCCGCACACUCACUCAUCUAUGACACACCAAAAGAUGAACCUGAAUACAAUUCACCCGUAUACUAUGAUAAAAACAAAUACGACUAAAGGGCAGGUGAAAAAAAAAUUGAAACACAACGUAUUUUUUUCCUCUAUCAGUGUAAAACUACCUAACAUACUUACUUACUAUUAAUAUGACUUAACUAUUAAGAGGUAACAUAAUUAUAUAAGAAUAAUAUAUUAUAUAUACAUAUAUUUUUGAUCAUUACGAAGUAUGCGACGAAAAAAAAUUAAAAAUUGAAAAAAAAAAUGAGAAAAACGAGCCAAGACUUUUGUUGGCGCGCGCGAUAGGGAGAGAAAGAAAGAAAAAAAAAUAUGAUUAUAGGCGUUUUCACAAGGCGACAAUAUAUUAUCUAAAUAAAUCUCACUUCUUUCGGGCCAGCGUUCCACGUAAUCGAGGGCGUACAGACGAUGAAUUUAAUUUGAAACAAAAGUGAGAAUAAUUUUUAAUGAAAUGAAAGAAUUGAUUAAUCUGAUAAAAAAGAAGAUUCUUGUCCCGCUAAUGCGUAGCUCGAUUGAAAUUAUUCGGUAUACGAUUUUUCAUUGGGAAAUAAGAGCCUGAUUAACGAGAGUGAAUUAUAAUUAGUGUGAGAGGAUCUAUUUUUAAUGAACAAGUCGUAUAACGUGUGAUUUAUGUGAUUUGGCGAUGUCGCGCUGUGAAAUAAAUUCUAGGUGAGAGAUAAAUUUGUGGUUUAACGAAUGGAGAUUAGAUAUGAAUUGAAAAUUGUGGGAAAAAAAAAUUAUUGAAAAAGCAAUAACUGAGUUACCAUACGCACUCUCUAUGCGGGUCAUUUCUGAGGAUAAAAUUAAAAAAAAAAAGAAAAUGUUUCUAUUUAAAAAUCCGACUUUUUUGAUACGAAAAGACAAAUUUUCUACCAAUAGAUGAAUGAAAUAGAAAUUAAAAGGAUACAAAGCGUAGCAGUUCUUUGAUGAACCGUAGGUUCUUCUUACACUGGUCGGGAGGACUCGCUGUGGGGCAUGUGGAAACGAUUAAUUAUUGAUUAUAGAGGGGCUGAUGCCUGCGAAAAUAAUGUCCUAGACUGGGCACGAUCGAUCGCUAUGAUUCCUACCGUCUCUUGGAAAACUCGAAUAAAUAAAAUAAUUAAUGAUGCGGUUUCCGGCACGAUUGUGCAUGAUUAUUGAUGAUGGCAGAGAAAAAAAAAACGAAGUACCUACACGCUAUAUCAAAUUCACCCAAAAAUAUGACCGUAAAAAAAACCCUCACAAACUCCCUUUGAAUUAUACAAUCCGUACUCCAUAAAUUUCCACUCCCCUCCCCCCUCCGCCCACCGCCCCGUAAAAAAAAAUUCUUUUGACAUAAAAUUAUGGAUUUGCGCGUUCGAAUUUGCUGAAUAACGGGAGUAAAGAUGUAAAUUCUUAUGGGAGAAUAAACAAAUGAAAAUUAAAAAUUAAAAAUCUAAUGAAAACGAAAGUACGAACAAAAAUUAAAAAUAUGUUAGAUAUACACGUACACAUACACUGCUGAUAGAUAAAUGAAAAUUCAUGAGGAAAAGUCAUUGAUGUUCCGUUGGACCAAAAAAAAAUUGAGGUGAAAUUUUUUACACAUUCCAGGAUAUUCAGAGGAUAGUGAAAAAAUUAUUGAUGAUGAAAAAACAAAAUAAACAUAUAUGCACUCAUUCAUGACUCCUAUACGACUGAAAUUCUAGGCUGUACAUAAAAUAAGGCAUGUAUAUGUUCGGUGUUGAAAAAAAAAAUCUCCUUACUAACGAAAAAAAGUAAAAAAAAUUAUAAUACGAAAAAAACAACAUAUUAAGCAAGGCUAACUCUAUCUCGGUGUUUUGGAACUAAAAACCUAAAUUUACGUAUUUAACAAAAAUGAUGGAAAAAAAUCUAAAAUUAACACAAUUCCAAGUUAUCGAGUGUAAAUGUUAAGGUCUCUUCAUAGGGUUAAAAUCAGUGAAACUGAGAAAAAAUAAUGGGAGGAAAGCGAAAAGCUUUAUUCAUGAUUGUGUAUCAACGUGUAAUUUAAACAUUCAAAAAUCAUUCCUCUACCCUCGGCGCCCCCUUUAGGCUCCCUCACCCACCUCUGCCCACCCCCACCCCCUUUUCAGGACACCCUUGUCGAAUGAACGCGAAUAGAUAACCAAAGGGAUGAAGCAAAGAUUGUAAAGUCACUCGGUGUAAAUUUUUUCCGGUAAAUUAAUCAAAAUUCUUCGUUCUGAAUGUUUACUGAUCGCGCGAGAAAAGAUAAAAAUUCAUGAAAAACCAAAAAAAAAAAACUGCACUCACCUCGUGACCAUCCCCCACCCCCUCCUACCCUCUUUCUCUCUUCCCCAGUCCAAUGCGACUCGAUUCGUUUUCCCCAAUCGACUCGGAAAGCCUCGGAAGCAGAAAAAAAAUUCGUAAAAUGCAAAAAAAAAAAUGAAAAAUUUAUCGUUAGAUGUGAAAUCUAUAUUAUUGUACGGACGAUAUAUUGCUAAUUAUGAUUGUCGUUAUUAAUUAAUUGCGAAUUCAUUGCGACGACCGGUGCAGUCUUCAUUAUAGGUGAAAUGAUAAAGAAUUUAAAAACAGGUGUCGGAUUUUUGACGAUCAACGUCUCCGAUAUCACGCGAUUAAUCAAAGGUCGUGGUGAUCUACCGAUGAUUAUUGAUCUCUCAUAAUUGGAUUGGAAAUAUUAGUGAUAGUCAUCGAUUUUUGGUGAAAUUUUGGGUUUCGAGGGCGCAAUUAAUCAUUGGAGAUUAUCAUUAUCGGGUGAUUGAACCGCUGAAUAGACUCGCAAUCCCCCACUCGUCACGGUUUUUGGGGGUGGGUCGGCACACUUAGGAGCUCCCCACCCCUACUACUAGGAAUGUGUAUCGCGACCCUGUUCGGUGGAUUAAUUAAAAUUCAGGCGAGUGAGAAGACAUCACUUGACGAUAGCUCCACGAAAGAACGGGGAAACGAAUUAUCGACGAUGAUUUAAUCUCGCGAGAGGGGCAACUGUUGCAUUAGAAUUUAAUUACAUCGACCAAGGGCGAGACUUGAAUCAGAAAAAUGUUAUACGAGUAAUCGAUAAGUCCAAGAGAUACGAUAAUCAAGGGAUCAAACUAAUUACGGGAAAAUUAAAAUUCAAUUUUUAUUAUAAUAUGAUUUACCAUCGAAAUUGCCCAUUUUUGUCGACGUGUUUCCUCGUGAUAUAAAUUAUCGCGGUAAUUGGAGAGGUUUUGAAAAUAUUUGGAUGACGCAAGUGAAUGUCCCUUCUCUUUCGAGCUUUUGAUUUAUCGGGAACGAUGCGUCAAUGAUCCGGUAUCGAUUUAAUUAGUUGAGAGGAGAAAAAAAAUGUGAAAAAGGCAAAGUUUUAAGAUUAAAAUGAAGAUAUAUUCUAUUAAAAUAUCUGUGAUGUAAAAAAGUAAUAAAAUUUUGAUGUAUAUUUUUCACAAACAUAUUGUAACCUGCUAGUGUAUAUGUAAUAAGGAUUAUCGAUAUUACAUUGUAUGAUUACGGUACGAAGUGUUUCACGAGGAAUGAAAAAACAUGAAACACAAGGGAGAUAAUUUUAAUGGCGUUUUCAAUAUCCACAGUUGGUGGUCGGACGGGACUAAGAUGGCGGGUAGAAACCGGAAAAUCGGGUGCGAAAACUCCCGCUUAUUUUUUUUUGUGAGUUUGUUUGAGAUGUUUGAGGGGGGCAUGAAAAUUUAAUUUUUCGUACGGGUGGGGGUGUGAAAUGUACAUUAUUGCACGGAAAAAAAUUGAUUAACCUUUGCUUCUUUAAAAUAUUAUCAUUUUGUAUUUUAAACCAAAUAUUUCGAUACGAGUGCGGAAUUACAAUGUCAUGACACUAGUGCUUAAAGCUCCACUUUCACAUUAAUUAAAAAAUUCACCACUGCAAGAUAUGUUUUCUUCCACAAUUCAAGGACGAAAUUUCUCUUCUGGAGAUUAAUUCCGUGUCCUCGAUGUAUAUUUCAAACAGCCCCCGCCAAAAAAAAUUACCACAAUGGCUGAGAGCGGGAGAAUUUGCUCCGAUUGGCCCUGAAACGGCUCAAUGUCAGCUACCUCACAAUACUGUCACGUUUGGAAUGGUUCAAGCAUUGAUCAACCACUGUGUCACAAUUCCACUCGAAACAACCCCAUCUCCCCAGAGGUUCAAAACAGCUACCUAAUCCUAAAAUCAGUUGCUCAAUAAUUAUUUUAAUAAUAAAAUCGAAACGAAAAAUCAGUUAUUUUUUGUCCAGCCUCAGUAUUUUUUACAUCACAACUGCUAUUUUCAAAACUACACGAAUUUCAAAGUUCUGUCACACCUAUUCCUCAUUGGUCGACGCUUCCGGCGCGUAAUUUAAAACUAGCCGUGCGCCGAUCUUGUUUCAAUCGAAAGAAUGAAGAUGGGGCAGUAAAAAUCGAGUUUAAAAUUUUGAUACAAUGGUUUUGCAUAAUUGAGAGGGGGAAUAGUGAGGUGUAUGAGAAUGGUCUAAACAGUUCCAAAUUGUGCCUAAGUUUUGAAUUAACAUUUUUACGAUCAAAUAAUGCAGGAAACUAACUAAAUAAUGUAGAUGCAAGAUGAUUUAGUUUCAACGACACGAAGUUAUAUAUUUAAACGAUAAAUUGAAUGAUAAAAUGAUCUAGAUGAAAAUAUGCAUUGAACAUAAUAAAAUAUGCAGCGAGGAUUGGAUUUAUUAAGCGAGACUAACAUUUAAAAGAUUUUACGAUUGAUAAAAAAAAAUGAAAAAAAAAACAAUGCAAUACCUCCUGCGUUUUAGGGCUACCCGGCCGCCAUCUUAUGUUCUCAUUUGCGUUCCGUUAAUGUCGAAUAAGUGCAAUUAGGUACACAGUGACAACACAAACACACGUGCGAAAGAGAUCGUAGGGACGAUUGGAAUGAAAAUUUUUUUCGUCGUAGUUAAUUGAAAUGAUAAUGAAAAAUGUUACGCUAGGUUAUCGUUUUUUAAAAAAAAAAUUCUAUUUUCAAUUUACGCGUUCUCGAAUGUUGGGAUUUUCGUGAUCAACGAAGUGCUGGCCUGUCGUCCAUAAGACAAAAAUAUAGACCUCAAAAUGAUGAAAUUCAGCCGCGAAAAAAAAAGUAAUAAUGGACCAACUCAGCGUCAAUUCCAUCGGUGUAGUUUUCCUAAUUUUUGCAUUUGCUAAAUUCAUCGAUUGAAAGCGCUGGGGACUCGACGUAUUCCGUAAUUCGGACUGAAAUUCGUGAUCUCAAUGAAACUCAAACAUUCCAGUGGAAAUUUUUUUCCAAUUUUGAGGGAUUUUUUUUUUAGAAAAUUGCCAUUUGUAUUCAGAUAAGUCUCCAGCGCUUCGAGAAAUAAAUCCAACCGCUAGAAACAUUUCCGCGAUUUUAUUUUUGGGUCAUUGUGUCUCUCCUCGUAUGCGGUCGUAGUCCUCGUACCUUCCAAUUGGCUUUAAUUCGUACUCUAAGUUCUCUAGUCAUGCAAUGACUCUAAAAGGCGCAACUCGCUCCAACAUGUAUACGCUGAGACGAUCGAUAUUGAUUGAGGGACCGAUGCCGACAGUAAUUUCAGUCGCCUGAUUACCGUGGUUAAACAUGAAUAUUGGGAAUUGACGAUGAGUUACGUCCGCGGGAGAUUUGAGCGCGAGAAUGACAACACGGGGAGAACCAUCGCUCGUUAAAUUUCCAUCGAGUCUGAAAUAUAUCUUUUCCCCAAUUAAAAAGAGCAAAAAUAAUUCCCUUGAAUUCCGAUAAAUUUUUAAUCUAAGCCGCCAAUAAUUAAUUAACCACUGAUCUUUAACCGCAUUAUCACGUCCAAUUUCUUAAAAAAUCCGAAAAUUUUUUAUCGAAGAAUGUUUGUUAAUUCAGUCGUCCAAAAAUUAUAAACUCUUGAGAUUUUCAAAAAAGUUGUCUUUCAGGUGAUUUUUUUAUCAUUAAAAAAACUUGACACGAUGGAAAAUGUAACUGCGAUGGCUGAGCCUAGUUUGACUACAUUAGCAUUAGGUGUUAACAAAAAAUAUAUUAUAUCUAGUGAUAAAGGAGGUCCGCGGGUACUACUUCGCUAGCAUCAGGUAGUGCCCAGUCGCGUGGAGCUUUAGUUGUUUGUAUAUCGUGUUUUCUAUACUGUCACUAUAAUAGCUUCACCUCGAUGUUCCAGCGCACUAUCGAGGAAUCAUUGUGGCUCGUAAAUCUCCCACGAGAGUCCAACUAAAAAAUACUCUCCCUAAGCGACUGAUUGAUUGAAAUUGAAGCGCAUCAGCCAUUAAUGGACCAACAAUUCCAAAACCAUUUACAAAACUACAGUAAUUAAUCAGCAAUCGCCCUGGCAAGUGCAGAUUUUAAAUUUAUAACUUCAAAAUUUUUCACCCGAGUCGAUCAGCAUAAAAUCCAUCAAAUUCAAUCAAAAUUAAAUGACACAAUUUAUUUCUCGGCCUGACCAACGAAAGAACCGAGAAAUAAUGCCAAAUCGAUAGGUGCAUGUGUUCGAGAACGCCGAGGUCAAGCUAUUUCACAAAAAAAAAUUAUGACUAAUAUAAACUGCUCGAAGGAAGGUGAAACGAAGGGAAAAAAACUAGAAAAAAAUAUGGAGUCCCUGCCAUUUUGCAAGAAGUGACCAGAGAAUAAAUCCCUCAUUAAUUCCCUCAACAACCUCCCCCCCAUCCAAAUACUGAAGCCAUCAUGUCAUACACAGCAAAUAUUUCCUCCUUCAAUUCCCAAGCGCAAUUUGAUCCCACAGUUUGAUAAGCUCACACAAAGGCCCACAUUAUAACCAAUACACGCAAUAGAAACACAAAAAAAUAACACAUACACUGUCUGAAAUGAAACAUACAUUAAUAUCAACAGUCUGCUCUCUACAAUUUGUAUUUUGACCGAAAGAAAUACAGCAACCAGGUACCAGAUCGUCUCCUUACAGUUAAAAGCGACCAUGCAAUGGCUGCCGGUCACUGGGUAUUCUUCCCCGCGGGACAAAUGAUAAUGAACAAUCAAUCGUUGAAUUUGAACUGACCACCUCAAAAUUCCGCGUUAACCACGACCAAUGAGAUUGCAUAUCACAAAGAACCAAUAGAGUUUUAGGUUAGAGUGAGGAUGAAAAUGGGGGAAUCCCCCCGUGAGCAGCUGGAAGAGUACCGCAGGGACAUCAGUCGGAGCAGUCGCUCCAUCAAUCCGGCCCCGAUUGCAAACUCAUCGGUGUCGUGACGCAAAAUAGAUUAAAAAAAUAAUGUUAAUGAAACCGGCAACAACACAUACUAUACGAACAAUAGGCAUUGACCGACGUUGUGCUGUCACUUGUUGUGCAGCAUCGUCGUCAAGUAUAACAUUAAAAAAAAAUAAUACAGUGCAUGUACAACAAUAUUAAUCAUACGCCAUAUCCAGCAGUGAUAACUGAACAAAACAAAAUAACAUUGAAGUAAUAAAAUGAGUAAUAAACAGAAGCAAAUGCGGAAUCGUUCGAUCUCCGGUGUAUCCACCAGAGAUUGGAUGAAUUAUCCCCCUCAAAUCAAAACCUGCAGUCAGCACAUUAUGUAAACAAAUAUAAGUGCAGAGGAAAGAAACUAUACUAUUAUAAAUAAACAAAAGAAGGUAUAUAUAAAAUAUAUACACAAAUUAUUAUAUUAACAUACAUUAAACAUAUUUAAAAAAGUAUAUUAUUAAUAAUGCGAAGAAGGACUAUAUUAUUAUUAAUUAACGAUUAUUGAAUUUUAAAGAAAAAUUUGAAAAAAAAAUGAAACAAAGUAACAUUCCAACCGUCAAUGUGCCACAGGAUUUUUUAUAUUCUCUUGAAAAAUAACAAAAAAAUAAACAAAUAAAAGUGAAACAAAUAGAUAACCAAUUGUUGUAACCGUGAAGUUAUGUAAGGAUCAAAGCAAAGCGUGAGAAGAAAUAAUAGAAGAAGAUAAUUCUUUCGAAUUCAGUGAGUUUAUUAUGCCGUGAUUUUUUGGUAUUACAAACGAGGGGUAACGAGUGGAGACAGAGGGAGAGAAAAAUCAUGGGGUGGCAGCCCCUGCGGGAGGGAAUGGAUUGGAAAAAGUUUUACAGCAUGAAAAAUGCGAAGACGAUUGCACGGAACGAGCUUACAACAUCGUCAAUGCAAUCCCUCGGGGGAUGUGUUCGUUUAUUUUUAUAUAAUUUUUUAGUUUCAACAUUCUACCCUCUCGCAUCGGCGUAUCUGCUCCAUUCGUAUUCCCGGGGCUUUUUUUUUAAAGGGUCUGUUGUGGAAGGGUUGUUAUUGGUCCGUUUCUUUGUAACGAAUACGCUCCGUGUACGCGAUAUUUCUUGUGGUUGGAGAGAAAUUUUUUGAACACAUGUUGGAGCUCUUUCUUUUACGCAUUUGCAUAAAGGGCUAUUGGCGUCCGUAAAGUGAAGUUUUUCAGACUCGUUUGGUAAAUUGAUGUUGACAGGCCCUCACCCACGUACUAGGAUCGUAAAAUCAAUCUCUCGUUGCCCCUCUGUUCACCAACAACAACAACAGUUAUCAUCAUCGUUAUUUAUUAUUUCACUUGGCAAACAAACUGUAGGUUUUUCGUUAUUUUUUAAUUUAUUACCGCAAAACCGUAGUAGAAUAUGAAUUUUCAUAGAGACGAAUGAAUUAAUAGAAUAAUGAAGCGAGGGCAUUACCAAUUUUCACAAUUCCGAAAGUUAACAGUUAAUAUGCAUUAAUGGAUGAUUAAAAACAAAUUAAACAGUAUAAACACGCGAGGUGCAAACGCGACUAAUAGAAUAAUUGAAUUGUAAAUGGUCUGUCUCAGGAGUGCCUGAACUCCACUUUAAAAAAAAUAAUACCAAUAUCCCCCACAAUUUUUCCUCCCCCAUUCCUCCCCGUCGCCAGUCCUCUGGUUGUUUCCGCAGUAACGUAUAGGAAAAAUAUAGAAAUACAGCCGCAUCCCGAAAAUAAAAAAACAAAACUGUCAGUAAAAUACAAUAGUAAUCCAGAUAAAUAACCGGAAAACCUAUCUAAAUCACUUAAACAGCAACAGAAAUAUCUAUUAAUUACGGUUCUUAUUAUCAUUGUCAUUACAGAACGAUGACUUAUGAUUUUUUCAAAUAAGCAUCUCUUAUGAAUUAUUGUUAUUAUUAUUACAGUAAAAUUAAGUAUGAAGUAGAUGAUAAGUAUGCAUUCACUAACGAUUACUGGUUCAUGAUUAAUUGAAUUACUUCGAUCAUUGAGCAAAAAUAAAUUUUAAAAAAUAAACAAAUGGAACAGGUACAUGAAAAUGUUUGAUUGAAUAGAUAAAAAAAUAAUAGAACAGAACAGAUGUGGCACGAGUGACUAGGUACUGUUGUAACAUUGUGUGCAAGUUAGCCGAACCCGUUAACACAGGUCAAAGUGAUACAUGUGUAUAUUAUAUAUAUUUAUAUAUUUGUAUACAUAUAUAUAUAUACAUACAUACCUAUGCAUUAAUAUACGAUUUAAAUCGGUUUAUUGAAAAAAAAUAAGACUUAUUGUACGGCUUAACUAUCGUCCAGGUCCGUGACUCGGCACCAAGUACUCAAAAAAAAAAAAAAUCAAUAGAAUUUUGUCGGAUAAUUGAAUGAAAAAAUAUUUCACUCGACUUUUAAUGUUCAGACGAAAUUAAGAAACGCACUGGACUAACUGUGGAUGCAACUGAAACGAUGCGCAUGAUCGUGAAAAAAAAAUCAUUCCAAAAUUACGGGAAGUGUAUAUGUAAUAUAUAAAUAUGUAUAUGUAUAUGUGAAUGAGGAGAAAUUUAUCUUUAACAAAAAUGAGUGAUGGUGAUUCUGUAAUGUACCAUAAUUCGUGUGAAUUAAUAUUGUAAUGAUACAUCUCCAUUCACUGAACACUGAGAUAACACUGGGACGUUACGAAGGGACAGAGACUGUUUACUGUGUACGGAUGAUUACGGUGAGAAUAUAUUUGUGCCCAUUUACUUAUACGAACGGUACGGUCUUUGCGCAUUAAUAUUUUUUUUUAAUUUUUCCCCUUUUUUAUGGGUUUAAACGCCGAGGGGGUGUGAGACAAAAUUAGGAUGAAGCGUCGCGUAUACGAGAAUUUAUUUUAAGGGUUUGAAAAUUUUAUCUCUCUCUCUGCCUUCAGUUGAUUUGAGGAUCGAGACCGAUUUGUGCAAUUUUUAGAUUAACGCUGUGUCAUUCUCUCCUGCGUCUAACGCUGUCGCGUGUGUCCUCCGAUUAGGGAUAAUCGUCCCUUCCCCCACUCGUAUUUUCAUUUGAUUACGUACUUACCCCGAACAUUCGAUUGAUUAGAAGCUUAAAUGGAUGAUUAUUGAGCCACAGCGAGAUAUCUUCUUCUCGUACUUGUGUGAAAAAAAUAUAUAUAUAAUUUUUCGAGUGUCGGAUUAGCGAGUGAUGGGAUAUUAGAGAAUUUUAGGAGUGUUACAAUCAAAAAAUAAUCAAAUGUGUUCAUGUGGAAUUAAAAUGAUACGGCGAGAGUUUGAGAAAUGAGGGAAAUGUGUACAAAAUCCACUCAUUUCCGGAUUUUUAAUUUUUUUUUUUAGUUUUUCGAAAAAUAAUCCAUUCCAUAUUUCAUUCCCGGGGGGGUUGGCAUCAACAUAUUUAAACCCCUUUUCCGCGUGAUUUAACGUAGCAUUCGGAGAAUUUUUGUCCACUCAACCGCGAGACUUUAUAUUUAAAUGUAUAGAUACGGCCGAUAGGGUGCAAUUGAAGAAUAAUUAAAGGGAAUUAUCGCGCUCAUUCCAAAAAUAAAGAAAUCCCAGCGUUUUAUACAUUUUUAGGUUCAAUUUUAUUUUUUUCCCCACGUGUAUCCACUGAUAAGACGUAUUCACAUACGUAAAUUAUGGAGAUUCGAUUGGGAAAGGGAGGGGAGUAGAUCGUAAUUAAUCUUCAAAUUACAAUGAUUUUUUCUUCUCAUUUUUUAUCCACUCGAUCUAUUUCACCUCGACUCCCCUCCCCUCAGUUAUCGUUUAUUCUCCACUUGCCUAGAUUUAAUUAAUCAUAACUUUUUAAUACAUUCGAAAAUGAUUUCUCUUCACAUCGAGCCAGUCUUACCCGUUAUCUCUAUCAAUUUUAACCUCCAUUACUCCCUUAAGUUGUCCAAUUAUCCUCUAAGUACUUGUUGUAGAUUUUUCCGUUCUGUUUAAUUUUAAUUUCUCCCCCGCCUUCCCCGUCCCCAUUUUGUUAAACUUUACAUAAUCCUAAUGAUCAAUUAAUUACUCUUAAAUAUUUUUUUUUUUCAAGUACAAUCCAGACAAGACGUAGAUGAAAAUGUACCUCGUGUCAAUGUAAUUAUUAAGUUAUCAACGAGACGACGUUUUAUAUUUUUUCAUUGUAGAUUAAUUAUUUCAAUUAUUGUUUUUAUUCAUUUUUUUUUUAAAUAUGCGUUCUUCCUUAUUAUUUUCGUUUCGUUAUUAUUAUCUAGUAUUUAGGGAUUAUUUUGUCCUUGACCGCGGUUUUUUUACCGAUUGCAAUUGAUUAUUUUUCCGUUGAUAUGUCGUAUCGCGUCUUUAAAUCGCCCCAAUCGCGUCUCCUCUGUAUCUCCUUCAUUUCCCCACCCUCUCCUUCCCUCCCGCAACCCUCGGGCCACUGCAUCCCCUUUAAGAUUUACCCACCGUCCGUCGUAGACGUUAUUAUUAUUACUAUUAUUAUUAUUUGUUCAUACUUCCACCCCUGCAAGGAGGAUAAAUUACGUAAGUUCUUUCGAUUAUAAUCAUAACGAAGCAAUUAAAAAUUAAAGUUAAAAAUGAUGAAAAAAAAAAAUACAACAACAACAACAAAAUGCGUAAUUACGCAAGUGUUUUAUACGUGUAAAUUUAGGUAGUUAGAAUGCGUCGGAAAAAUAUUUUUUAUAUUCUAUAUGAAUUUACCAGUUAUUAUUUAAUGAAAAAUGAUAAAAAAAAAUCAUGAAUAAAAAUACAACACAGACAAGACGAAAAUAAAAGUUGAUAAAAAAAAAUUUAUCUAGAUAAAAAAGAAAAUUGUCAUCGUAAAUUGUUCAAUCAAUGCCAGCAACUGAUUAUUAUCAAACGUAUUAUUAAUAUAUUCAGAGGAGUUGAUUGAUAUAUAUAGAUUUCUUUUCAAUUAUUCCUCGAUUCAAAAUUACGUAGAUUUUGUUUUUUUAAUUUCUCAUUUUUGGUGCCCCUACGUCCAACUGAGUGAGGAUAAUGUACUGAUGUUCAACGGUUUUUAUUAAUUUUUUUUCUUUGUGUGUAAAUGGAAGUCAUAAUGUGGCAAACGAAUAAAUAGCGUACCGACUAUUACAAAUGAAUUCAAUCAAUUCAAUGACAGAUUCUACUCCCAUUCUUUCCACCCCCCCGGUCCCUUCCACUCUCUUAUACCCCACCCCUUCACCGAACUCCACCCGCCACCCCCUCAACACUUCACCUGAAUUAUCACAUGUGAAUAACAAGACGAUGGAUAUAAUAUACACUUGUAUACAGAACUCAUUUUUACACACAACACGAUUAUGCAUUAGACCAAAAUAAUUGCAAAUUUAUAUAUUGAUACAUUUUUGCGAAAGAUUUCACUGGCGAAUGGAGAAUAAAAUCAAUUUGUCACACUGAGUACGUGAUUUUUUUGGUCAAAUUAUUUGUCAGCAAUAAAUACUUUGAAAAUUGCUUGUUAUGCACGACGUUUAUGUGGGGGUGGGGCAGAAUGGGCAUUGUGAAAUAUUGGAGCCCAUUUUGCCCCCCGGAUAAUACCGUAGUGGAAGCGUGCUUCACGAUUAUUCAAUGUGAUACGCCUGCCGACGUCGCCCCAGGGCUCCGCCGUGUUCUGUAUUUUUUUUUUUCUACACCAGCAGUUUUCGAGGAUUUUCAUGAGACGUACGCGCAGUCCUGGGGUCGCGACGCAGUUUAAGGAAUUUUUAAAGUACUUUUUUUUAUUUGAAAAAAUGUCUUUUUUGUUUGUUGAUGAUUCAUUGUUGUCAAAAUGGUUGUGAAUUUAUUGAUUAACAUUGGAGAUGUGUUGAAUGAUUAACUGGGGAUGAAAACGUAGGGGGGAGGGAGUUUUCCGCAGGGAUUUUUACUGUUUUUCGUCGGAGGACUGAUAUUAGAAAUAGAAAUUGUUAAUAAACAAAUUGAUUUCUAUUAUCUCGACGAAAAAAAUUGAAAUGGAGUUAAUCACCUGUCACACGAGUAAAAAAUUCCCUGGUCGGAACUGAUUCGGAAAAAUGCGAAUUCCGAUUGCGAAUAAUUUCCCCCCGACGUUUCACCCCUCAGUUGGCGAAUAACGACGAUACAACUGGCAUUAAAAAUGAAUUUAAUUCAUCGUAUUCCUCUGGAAUUACGAGGAAUCGAGGAAAAUGAGACUGAUAUACCAGUAUUUGAGGUGAAAAAUAUGGUAAAAAUUGUAUAGCCUUAUUAUUGUAAUUAGAACGAAUUUUUCAAAUUAAAAUUAAUGAAAUUUAACACAAUUGGCUGUUAAUCAAACGAUCCGAGGAAUGUCAACAAUCGUCGGAAUGUAAAUUCAUAAUUCGAUGUAUUCACUCGUUGAAUUGAAAUGUACAGUGAGAAUAUAUAAUUUUAUUAUGUAAUUUAGGAUAAUUGGUACUAGAAGAGUGAAAUACAACAAAUGCCAGUUGUAAAAUUAAGGGCGAGGUAAUUUUUUUUCCCAGUGAUGAUGAGUUGAUGAUUUAGCAGAUUGAAGAAUGAACACGAAGAUUCUAUGAAAAGAAGUUGACAGAUUGCAAAAAAAAUCUCAGUGAAGCGUUAACAAUAACUUUGAACGAUUAAUUGCAAUUGAAAAUUGUUAAAUCGUAAUCACUAAAAUUUUGACGAUUACACACGUACAAGCCCCAACAUGCUGAAGUAAAUAACAAUGAAAAAUGUAUGAAUAUAAUGUUUGCAGUUAGGUGGGACCAAAAACGACUUUAUAUCUCUAUGUGCAUAUCCAAGCAACGUGUAAUUUAAUUAAUUAAUUAUUCAUUAUUACUUGCUAGACGAUGAACGAAAGAAACAUGAAAAAGCUUACAGUACAGCAAUAUUAAACAAAUGAGAUGGAACAAUUACAUUCUAUUCGUGGAUAAAAGUGGUCGAGAGGACGACGACGAUUGAUAAAUACAAUAAUUUCAUGGUUAAUUGGGCCAUUAAGUUUGUCUAUUGAUUCAUGAUUUAACGGUUAGAUAUAUCGAUCAUUAUUAACUUUAUUGUCUCUAUUAUUAUAUUGUUUUAUUACGAUUCAUUGAUUACUGAUUAUCAUGAUUUAUUAUUUAAACAAAAUGCCGUUUUAAGACACGAUUAUCUAGGUAAUACCAAGUAAGACAAGUACGUAUCUAUAAAUAUUAAUUAUUUUUAAUUAAUUAUUAUUAUUACAUUAUGAAACAUUUUGUUGUAUUAUUUUCAAUAAAAAUCGAAUUGAAAAUAUUA